UUUUCUUGGUCGACGUUUUCUCUUCAUAUUACCUUUAGUCGGCCAGUCUCUGAAGUAUUUAUGGAUGACACUUGUUAUUUACUGGAAUCUGGAUUUGAAAUACCUGUACAUUGGCGAGGUGUUUGAAGGUGUUUCGGGGGGUUUUAACGGUGUGAUUCUGGCUAGCUAUGCCUACACGGCUGACAAUACACCACCUAAAAACUCACGGACAAUUGGCAUCGCUUUGAUAGAUUUCACUACCUACCUCGCAGCUGCAGCUUCCCAAGUUAUUACUGGAUACUUCAUCAAGGACCUAGGUUACCUCUACCCAUCUAUAACUACGACUUCGCUCAUGCUUCUGUCACUAAUCCUUGUCGUUGUUCUUCUUCCUGAAACUAUCAAUAAAGAUAGAAGAUCCCAAUAUCCAUCUCCUGUGAAAGCAGUGAAAACUGUUUUUGGAUUCUACUUUUCAAAAGAUUUUGGACAAAGAAGAAGUCUUUUCUGGCUUUCGCUAACAGCGUAUUUCAUAACAUACUUUAGUAUGAAUGGUGUUUUCUUCAUGGAGUAUCUUUUCCAGCUGAACCUGCCUUUCUGUUGGGGACCAGAGCUCAUCGGCUAUUUCAAUAUGGCGUUGUACCUUUCCAGACAAAUGCUUGGGAUUCCAGUCAUCAAACUACUUCAUUUAUGCACCUCAGACCCAGAGAUAUGUAUCAUAACGUCUGUCAUUCUGUCCGUAUCCUUUGUCCUCAAUGGCGUGGCCAACACAGACGUCAUGAUCUUCCUAUCUGUUUUGCCAAAUGGUAUUGCAGCUCCUUUGUUGCCAGCACUGCGGGCUAUCAUGUCACGGAUGGCCCCUCCUGAAAUGCAGGGAUCACUUUUUGCGGGUAUCGGACUUGUGAACAUCAUCUCAUUAGUCACUGGGACUACAGUUUUCAACGAGAUGUAUAAUGCCACUGUGAAGAUGCUCCGUGGGUUUGCCUUCUUCGCCUGUGCGGGAUGCCAGCUGUUGUCUGCAGUUACCAUGGUAGUGUUCUUGUAUACCUCCCGCCGCAGGAUUGUAACUGAUACCUCCACUGUUGGCAUCAACGACAACGUCUGAACGCCAGUACCCAUCAUCACCCAACACAAGUCUGUCACCGACACGACUAUGUGGUGUCCGUUGUUGAUGUCAAGGAACGAGGAUGAUACUGAGUUAUUACUCUUGAAAUGAACAUAACUGCCAGGAACGUUUUAUAUAGUAUUCUUCUCUUUUCGCCCUUGCUCCCUCCAAUUUAGUAAUGCUCAAGCUGGUUGAUUCAGUGAUUUGUAUUACGUCUACAAAUAAAUACCCAGUUAGAUUGUUCUCUUGGUGAACGCAAGAUGACCAUUAAUAUAUGUCUUAUGCAUGUCUUAUGUCUUAUGUCUUAUGUCUUAUACAUUAAGGCACAAUUACACAUCUAUACAUGCAUUUUGUUUUGGA